AUGGCGUUCGCUGCAGCUAGGAUGAUCCUUAAGGAUAAGAGAAGAAAACCUUCUAAAGAAGAAUAUAUUCCGAUUAGGAACAGGAGCAAGAUUCCAAGCCACCAAGGCAUUACGGGCAAAGAGAAAGCCUUAGCCAAUUUGGGAAGAAGUGUAUCAAGAGCCACAUUUCCUUCUGGACACUACAAGGAUGUCAUUAACUCAAUCAAAGUACAGAGUUUCGAAGAAUGGUGUGACUCAUUCGAAAAAAAUUGGAAAGUGCAAAGGAGUUAUAUGUGCCCAAUUCACAAAAAGCCUAAAAAGUCUCCUUGGUUGAAAGAAUACACCGACACAUCUAGAAAAGAAAUUUGCAUUAUAUCUCGAAUGAGAGCAAACCACUGCUUAACAAGGUCCUACCUAAAUACGAGUAGACUGAAGAUGAUUCCCAAUGACUUGUGCGAUUGUGGACAAAGUCAGGACUUACAGCAUAUUUGUUUCUCAUGUUCAACGAAUCAACACAAUAUAGACAAUCUACAUAAAUCCAUGAAGAUUCCAAAAAAUAUAUACGGUUCAUUUUCAGUGUUCGAUCUAGUGUUCAGACUUUUAAACAAGGAAAAUAUUAAAAUCAUUUCCGGAUUUCUAAUAGCAUUCAACAUCAAACUGUAG